UCGGGCCCUCUAAAGCCAUCUCUACUGUUGAGUCCCAUACUCGAUUUCUAUUUUCUAGAGAUAGAAACGAAGAGAGAGCGAAUCUUUCUUUAGGGAGAGAGAGAGAGAGAGAGAAAGAGAGGGCAAGGGGGAGAUUCGUCAUUCGUAUAUAAAUCUACCCUAGGGGGAAGGGGGGUAGGGUGGGGUGAUACACAGAAGAGAGAAUGGCGAAGAAGAAAGCAACGAUGACCUUGAAAGACUUCCAUGGCGGUUCUAUUCCUUCCGAUCUCCCUCUCCCCUCUGCCCCUGGCGUAAGUGUGAGGCCAUUGGAUCGCAAUGGAUUUGACCGCCAGACACCUUGGGGGAGUACUGGAGGAAGGACUGAUCACAAGCUGCGCCCUGGAUCGGCAGGGGCGUCGAGGAACUUUGAUGAGAAGACUCCAUUCCUGAAUCACAAUGCUCACAUAGGCCGGAAUUUUGAUGAGGAUGAGAGGAAGCCAUUGGAUGGGGUAUCAGUACCCCGUCGGAUGGUUAGUGACGAGAGCCUUCGUGCUCAACCAAGCCGUGUCGAACCCAGGAAGGACAACACAUCAGAUGGUAGGGCCAGGAGCAGACCAGUAACAGCACCGGUGUCUCAGAUUUCAAGUGGUACAACUAGUGGUUCUUAUGCAUCAAGAUUUGCUGAAGCUAAUUAUGCUGGAGUGAAUACUCAAACUUUUGGUGGCAAUAGUCGUGUAAACGUGACUUCUUCAAAUGUUGGUGCAGUUGGUGGUCAAGCUGUUAUUGGGUCAUACUCAAAUGCUUGGGGAUUAAAGAAAGAGGCAACAGUUGUAAAGGAGCCGGUUGCUACUGGAUGGUCUGCUCUGGAUACUGCAUCCAAGUUGGCCCAUGCCAGUGCUCUUGAGAAGGUCUCAUCUGGUAGGUGGCAUUCGAAGCAACAAAUGAACUUCCCAACAGAAGUAGAGGUCCUUAAACAUCAAGAGGUGAAGAGAGAAUCGUAUUACAGGGGUGGUGAAAGCUAUGAUAGGAAUGCCUAUAGCGUGAGUGAUGCAGUUGAUGGGAUGGAUUAUAACAAUAAGAGUCUGGCGAUGCAUGCUGAAAGAAAUCUGGCUCUCGGUGAUGGGAUUCAUGUUGCAAGUAAUAAGGAGUUGCCUGCACAUGAGAGAGUUCAUUCUCCUGUGUUUAUGGAGGGUCCGGAAAAGAGAGCUUCAGCUACUAUCAAUGGGGUUCAACGUUCUCAAUAUGCUGUAAAACACGGUGAACCUGAACCACAGUCAUCAGUGCCUUCAGAAGCAUUGGAGAGGCCGAAGUUAAAGCUGCUUCCUAGAUCUAAGCCAUUAGGAAAUUAUGAACCACCCACUGAAUAUAAGCAGGGGCACCAGCAGCAAAGUGAACCCGUUCGUCUUGAAUAUGGUGCUACUGUGCCUGAAUCUUGCAAUCCCCACAAACAUGGUGUUGUUGGAUAUGAGGGUGGGGACCGAGCUGUUGAGCGCCCAAAAUUGAACUUGAAGCCUCGAUCACAGCCUCUUGAACACUUAAACGAUGAUGAAAAAGGCAAAAGGAACACAGUCUUUGGUGGUGCUCUUCCGAGAGAAGUGGUUCUAAAGGCAAGAGGCGUUGAUGAUGCUGGUACAAAUGAUCAUGACCGUCAACCCUUCUCUAGGAACAAACAAGAUGCCUCCAGGACAGAGACUGUGCAGGUGCAUGCUUCUCGUUAUAACGGAAGAGCUGAGAAUAUUGUCACUGAUAAUAGGACUGCUGGAAACACGGAUAGGCGAGAUCCAAGAUUUAAUGGUCAGAGAUCAGAUAUGCAGAGGAGAAACAGGCAAAGUGAAAAUCCAAGAAAUGGCAGAGACAGGGAGAUCGAGAGGUACCAUCACCAGCAACCACAGGCACAGGACAGGCCAACCUCACCAGAAACCUGGCGCAAGCCUGUUGAUCAUCCAAAACCUUCCAGCGAUGCUCCAGUGCGAUAUGGGAAAGUAACCUCUGCAAUUGAGCUUGCCACGGCCUUUUCGAAAUCAGUUUCUGACCCAUCUGCAGAUUGUUUUUCUGGCCAGAGAAACCUCACCAGCCGGAAUCAGGCCCCCUUUUCCCGACUGAUGGGUCCUCCCACAAGGCCUCAAGCUCAGAUCAAUAGCUAUUAAGCUCUUUAAGAAAAAGAUAUUCGGGGUGUCUGUCAGCGGCUUUGCCAUAGUCGGGUAUCCGAUCACGGAAGCCACAGUUGGGACAAAAAAGGGACAAACAAAAAAGACAAAAGAGAUAAGUUUAACAGAGUUUUAUUAAUUUUUUGUUUUUCUUAUCUUGAGAAUAAUCAUAGAUGUGAUACUUUUAGGAUUCCACUCAGAAUUGCUGCUCAAUGAAUUUGUGAAUUGAAAAGCCGUAAUGGGUGGAAAUUAUGAUAUUUAAUUUUGGAAAUUCUUUUAGGAUAUUUUUCUUCAGGUGUAUUGCAUCUUUAUUGAAUUUCUACAUUAUUGUUCAUCCUCCA